AUGGCACCUCCUUGGUAUCUCCUGCUCUUGGUGGCCUUAGUUGGUUUUCUCCAGUGUCCGCAUGGGUCCAUGGGUAGUGAUUUGCAGAAUGAGGGUUCAACUCAUGCCCUUCCCAUGAUCACUAACAUCUUCUGCACAGAGCAGGCAGGCUGUCCUGAAGAAUAUUCCUGCGUGAAGACUCCUAGGGCCGGAUCGGCCUGCUGCCCACUUCCUCAGGGAAUCUCCUGUCAGGAUGGACGUCACUGCUGCCCUUCAGGCACUCAUUGUUCUGAAGAUGGACAUUCCUGCUUGCCAGCUAGCAAUCAGUCUGCAGUAAUCUGUCCUGAUGGAGUCUCAGAAUGCCCAAGUGGAUCCACAUGCUGCCAGAUGGCUGACCAGAGCUGGGGAUGCUGCCCACUGGACCAGGCUACAUGCUGCAGUGAUCAUGCUCACUGCUGCCCACACAACACCCAGUGUGACCUGGUGCAUGACACCUGUAUCUCUGGGGACAAGGUGGUUCCCAUGUUCAAGAAGGUUCCUGCUAGGAUGAAGCUGCAGACUUCUGUGAAGGUCGUUCGGACGGCGUGCAAAGAUGGUUCCUCUUGUCCUGAUGGCAGUACAUGCUGUGAGCUGGGAAAACAUUCAUUUGGAUGCUGCCCAUUAAUAGCUGCCAUCUGCUGUGGAGACCACAUUCACUGCUGUCCAUCAGGGACCACCUGUGACAUCGCUCAUAAGAAGUGCGUUUCCGCAAACUUUGAGACCCCAAUGGUUACAAAGAUCCCAGCUCUUCGGGAGGAAGCCACAGUGAAAUGUGAUGAUGCAACCACCUGCCCUGGCUCAAGUACUUGCUGCCGUUUGGCCUCUGGAGAAUGGGGAUGCUGUCCACUUGAGCAGGCUGUGUGCUGCCCUGAUAAGAUUCAUUGCUGUCCCAAUGGAUAUACAUGUUCAGGAGGCAGCUGUGAGCAAGGCCAGAACUCCAUCCCUUGGAUGAAGAAGUUACCAGCUCUGAAGCAACAGGCCACAGUAAAAUGUGACGAAACCGCUACCUGCCCUGGCACAACUACCUGCUGCCGUUUGUCCUCCGGAGAAUGGGGAUGCUGUCAAUUUGAAAAGGCUGUGUGCUGCUCUGACCAGGUCCACUGCUGUCCCAAUGGAUAUACAUGCUUGGUAGAUAGCUGUCAACAAGGCCAGAACUCCACCUCUUGGUUAAAGAAGAUACCAGCUCUGAAGGAAAGAAGUGCUGACAUUCCUUGUGAUCCAACCACAUCCUGCCCUGACAAGACUACCUGCUGCCGCCUUCCUACUGGAGAUUGGGGUUGCUGCCCUAUUGAAAAGGCCAUCUGCUGCUCUGAUCAGUCCCACUGCUGCCCCAGUGGUUGGAGGUGUGGGUGAGCAGGCUACCUGUUCUGUAGGUCCACUUUCUUUUCCAUGGCCCAGCAAGACUCUUUCCAGUGCACAGGUCAAGUGUGACAAGUCUCACAGCUGUCCUCAGGGUACCACAUGCUGCCAUACAGAGGGUGGAGGUUGGGCCUGCUGCCCCCUGGAAGAGGCUGUGUGCUGCUCAGACCACUUGCACUGCUGCCCUAGUGGGUACACUUGCGAUGUGACGGCUGGAACCUGCAACAAACCACUUGAUGAGCCAGUUACCCCAGCUGAGCCAGUUACUCCAGUGACUCCUCUGGACUAUGUCUGGUGUAAUGCCACACAAGCAUGUUAUGAUGGGCAGACUUGCUGCGUAGGGCCUGGUAGUGUCUGGACAUGCUGCCCCUUUCCACAGGGUGUGUGCUGCCCGGACAGAAUCCACUGUUGUCCUUACGGCCAUGUUUGUCUGAACUACGGGGCUCAGUGCAGCCGAUCUGGGAGUCCACUAUGGGACUUGGGAUGGUUAAAGAAGAAGCAACCCACUCUGUAA